UGAUUUCAAUUUUCCGUUGUUAAAACCACAGACGUAAGUGGCACCUAACGUUGUGAAUGUCUCCAAAUCCCGAUCAUACGAGAAAGAGUCCGUCUAAAGGAUUUUCUGCGCCUUUGCUCAACCAAGACACGUAUCCCGCGGGCAUACACUCUGACACUACUACAUAAAUGUAGUUAGUUAUAACUUAUAAGGGUUGUAGUAGAAAUUUCACCGCCAGACAUGGAUCCAAAAUAACCCCACCCAACUAAGCGAAGUACAAAAUACCGUUCUAGCAAGUCUCUACUUAAUUUGUAUGAGUAUUAGAUAACGUCGUAUUCUAUAACACAUACACGCCUUAGUGUAUGCUUGACGGGUCAAAUAGGUUAUUGUAAAUUCGACAAUUCGGUAAUAGAAUCCAUUCUCGGCCUUUGGAUCCAUCAGCGAAGCGGAGGACUGAUUUUGACCCCCUUGUUGGACGAUUAAUAUACUACAUCGGUGAUCCCCCGAGACGACUUGGAUUUCGCUUCAAUACCCCACCGACAAGAUGGCGAUGAGUCUUUCCUCGCUUUACCUAUCCUUCUUCGCUGCUUUCGACGUAGUCCUAGCAACUAGCCUCAACGUAACGGCCAUUGGUGCCAAGGAUGGUAAUUCCCGUUUUGAAUGCUGGGAGCUUGCCUCGCCAUUCGUCUCAUCCAGCCAAACGGGCAUCGCCGGAUCACAGACGACGUUUUUAGGAGAUGUUAGUAACAUCACGUAUAACGUGAUCCCGGCGGGUUUCGACAGCGGAGUCCACAAUACACCUAGAAACCAAUGGAUUGUUGUCCUCAAUGGACUAGCGGUUAUAACACUACCGGAUAAUAGCUCUGUCACCGUCACGACGCUACCGGGAGAGAUGGGUCUGCUGUUUGCCACGGACACUCCGGAGGUCAGCCGCGAGGGCCAUGGCAACUAUUUCCCGGGUGUCUCGGAGACCAUCUUUCUGCAGAUCCCAACGAAGGACGGCGUGAUACCGGAGCAUAAGGUACUAAACGAGGAUGGCCCUUGUACUCCGAACAAGUACGCGGCGCUCCGAGGGUGGGCGACUGGUUAGCAUUUUGCUUGUGGUAGACGGAUUAUAUGGUAGGAUAAGUUAAUUAUGAGGGCGAAUUGGAUCUUCUAAAUUCCAUUAAGAAUUAAUCAUGAAGGUCUUAGUAAUGAUCAUAGGCAAGAGGGGCACGUUGAUACCCAAGCUAUCUACGGCAUUGACCGAAAAGGACAUUGGUCUAAGCCAACAUUUUAAUUGAAUUAUCACGCAGGACUCAGUUCACAAGAACCGAAUUUAAAAAGGAACAUGUUCACUUCAAG